AUGACAAGACCAGAGCGGAGGGCGCUCAAAGACAAGGUUGCGCUCGAAAAGGGAAGGUUGAUGCAGAGGGCAGGGCAAGCAGCUAAGAUGAAUCGCGAUAACCUCCCGCCAGAAGGGGUCUCGCUCACCGAGUGCACACCUGACGCGGCUGGCUUCAUUGCUGAUGCUGAUCGGUUUCACUCGGACACGGUCGGGGAGGAGCACCUACGCCGAAAGGCGCAGCACGAGAGAAAGGUCCAAAUAAACGACAACCGCAGGCAGUUGCGAGUGGAACGAGAAGGGAAACGUUGGGAAGACAUGGAGAAAAAGGAAGGGGACGACGAGCAGAGGUGGAACCGGCUUCGAGAUGAGGGGGAAAAGAGCAAGAAAAACAAAUCGGGGGUGCCGUACAACAUGAUCAGCCUCAGGUACAAUGACGGCCUUGACGGGGACCGGCUAGAGUACGCCGACAACGUCACCAAGCACAGGGCUCAGGUCAGAUCCAACAAUCUAACCCGCCUUGGGGACUCGAGGUGCGGAUACAACAUCUUGACGGGGCAGCCGAGAGAAGAGAUAGUAGACCCGCCGGUGCCCAAACCAAGCGACGCCGUCGCACUUUGGAGCCAUCACCAGGGGGGGCGCUAG